UCCUCUCUCGCGGAGCUCUCAGAUCUCCGAUCUAGGGUUUUGUUUCGCGCCUUUUUUGUUCUCCGUCGCUGUUCGUCAAACCAUCCGAAAUGUCGAUCUCUGCUCAGAAUCCUGAUAUUUCCGGCGAAAGGCAAUCCGGUCAAGAUGUUCGUACUCAGAACGUGGUGGCUUGCCAAGCUGUUGCCAACAUUGUCAAGACCUCACUUGGUCCUGUCGGGCUCGACAAGAUGUUGGUGGAUGACAUUGGUGAUGUGACAAUUACAAAUGAUGGUGCCACAAUUUUGAGGAUGUUAGAGGUCGAACACCCAGCUGCUAAGGUUCUUGUCGAGUUGGCUGAACUUCAGGACAAGGAAGUUGGAGAUGGAACUACAUCAGUUGUUAUCGUUGCUGCUGAGUUACUGAAGAGGGCAAAUGAUCUUGUCAGGAAUAAGAUACAUCCGACAUCUAUAAUCAGUGGAUACAGGCUAGCGAUGAGAGAAGCUUGCAAGUACAUAGAAGAAAAGUUGGCGACAAAGGCCGAUAAGCUUGGAAAAACUUCUCUGGUGAACUGCGCAAAAACCAGUAUGUCCUCCAAGCUGAUAUCCGGUGACAGUGAUUUCUUUUCUAAUCUGGUUGUGGAUGCUGUUCAAGCAGUGAAGAUGACAAAUGCUCGAGGUGAAAUAAGAUACCCUAUCAAGGGCAUCAAUAUUCUGAAAGCCCAUGGUCAAAGUGCAAAAGAUAGCUACUUGUUGAAUGGAUAUGCACUCAAUACUGGCCGUGCUGCCCAAGGAAUGCCUUUACGAGUUUCUCCAGCGAAGAUUGCCUGCCUAGACUUUAAUUUGCAGAAGACGAAAAUGCAAUUGGGUGUCCAGGUUGUUGUUUCCGAUCCAAGGGAACUUGAAAGGAUUCGCCAGAGAGAAGCUGACACAACCAAAGAACGAAUAGAGAAACUUCUGAAAGCUGGAGCCAAUGUAAUUCUGACGACAAAAGGGAUUGAUGAUAUGGCUCUUAAAUACUUUGUGGAGGCUGGAGCUAUCGCUGUUAGACGUGUGCGCAAAGAUGACAUGCGACAUGUUGCUAAGGCAACAGGAGCAACUCUGGUGACCACUUUUGCUGACAUGGAAGGGGAGGAGACGUUUGAUCCCUCACACCUCGGAUAUGCAGAGGAAGUUGUGGAGGAGAGAAUUGCUGACGAUGAUGUCAUAUUGAUAAAGGGAACCAAAACAACUAGUGCGGUUUCCUUGAUCCUAAGAGGUGCGAACGAUUACAUGCUUGAUGAGAUGGAGAGAGCGCUCCACGAUGCCUUGUGUAUUGUCAAGAGGACCCUUGAAUCCAAUACGGUGGUUGCCGGUGGAGGUGCAGUUGAAUCGGCUUUGUCUGUGUAUUUGGAGCAUCUUGCAACAACCCUAGGUUCCCGUGAACAAUUGGCCAUCGCUGAAUUUGCUGAUUCCUUGCUGAUUAUUCCCAAGGUGCUUGCUGUUAAUGCCGCCAAAGACGCGACCGAGUUAGUUGCUAAAUUACGAGCAUACCACCACACUGCACAAACCAAGGCCGAUAAGAAGCACUAUUCGAGUAUGGGACUCGACCUCUUAAAUGGAACCAUCCGUAACAACUUGGAAGCAGGAGUGAUAGAACCUGCAAUGAGCAAAGUGAAGAUAAUCCAGUUUGCCACUGAAGCCGCCAUAACCAUUCUCCGAAUCGACGAUAUGAUCAAACUGGUGAAGGACGAGAGCCAGAACGAUGAGUAGUAGUAAGUAAAGCUUCUUCAUUUUCCCCCAAGUUUUUGCUCGUCGGAUUAUUUUGUUUAACGUUUUUAAGGGAAAGUGGAAUCUGGCUCUACUCUGAUUAUUGUUUUUUCACCUCUUUAACUGUUGCAAGGUGGGGUUUUUUUCCUUGUCUUUUAUUGGUGUUUUUUUUUUAAUGGACAUUUGUCGUGUUUUAUGUCUGCGUCUCUCUUUCUCUGGCACUUUGUUUCGGCCAACAUAAAAUUAGGGCUUCCACUGGUCAGUGUCGUAGACUCUUGACUGUAAAGGUUCUGAGACGAGUGUACUGAAAUUGGGCUCCACGGCCCAUAAUCACUGCACGACUGAUUAAAUCGCUCUUGUUUCCC